GUCACACUGUUUGUAUUGCUUGCUGAGUAUUUGUUUUCUGAGCGAGUUAUUUCUUGUUAUUGAAUUGAAAAUAUAGUGCAGAGAGUUAUAUAUAAAAAAUGAGCACACAAUCCGCAGAGGCCGGUGGCACUACGGAUACAGGUUCGGCGAACUUCUUUGCUCUGCAGGCAUCAUUCGAGUCUUCGCUGGAACGGGCAAUUGACCAGAACAAUGUGGAGCAACUCGUGAGGGAUUACCACAAAUUUCGCUCGAAUUCAGAGCACGACAAACGCUCGCCCAUGGACCAAGCAUUCCGUGAGAUCUUGAUGAAGCGCCUCGGCGACGAUGUGGAAAGCAUUGGAGCCCUGGUUCGUCUCUCCGUAGAGGCUGCACGUGCGGAUAUUGUUUCGAACACUAUACCUGUGGUGCUGCUGGGCGACACCUUCGAUGUGGUUACGCUGAGCAGGUGCGAACAGAUUUUCCGUUUUGUUGAGGAGCUCGUCGAAGUCUGGAAGGAGGAGGUCUUCUUUGCAUCCUGCAAGAACAAUUUGCUUCGCAUGUGUAACGAUUUGCUGCGCCGCCUUUCGCGCACACAGAACACUGUUUUCUGUGGUCGCAUUUUGCUCUUUCUUUCAAAAUUCUUCCCGUUCUCUGAACGUUCCGGACUGAACAUAGUUUCCGAGUUUAAUUUGGACAAUUUCACGGAGUACGGACUGGAUAGUAAGGAUCACGAUGAUAUUGAUAACAAGGAGCUGGAAGAUACCGCCGAAGAUAUCCCGUUAAAGAUUGACUACGAUUUGUAUUGUAAAUUUUGGUCACUUCAGGAUUUCUUUCGCAAUCCCAAUCAAUGCUACAGCAAAGCGCAGUGGAAGAUGUUCCAAAUGCAUGCAGAAACAAUUCUGCAGUCGUUCUCCAGCUUCAAGUUGGAGGACGUGCGCCCACACAACGAUGCCAACAGCAACAGCGAUGUCGGCAAUAAGGUGACGGACAUGGAUAUCGAUGAUAACUCGAUAUCUGCCGCGGCUGCUCUCGCCGUUCGCAAGGACACCCAUUUCUUUGCAAAGUUUCUGACCAAUCCAAAGCUACUCGCGCUGCAGUUAUCCGACUCGAAUUUUCGGCGUGCCGUCCUAGUGCAGUUCCUCAUACUAUUCCAAUAUCUGCAGGUUAGCGUCAAGUUCAAAAUAGAUUCCUAUACUCUAACGACGGCUCAGUCAGACUUCAUAAAGGAGACGGAGCAGCGGGUCUAUAAACUCUUGGAGGAGACACCGCCUUAUGGUCGCAGAUUCGCGCGCACUGUGCAGCACAUGUUGCACAGAGAAGAGAUGUGGAACAACUGGAAGAAUGAUGGCUGCAAGGAGUUCAAGAAACCCGAAGAAGCCGAAAUCAACGAAGAUGACGCGAAACCUCCUCCUGCCAAGCGAUCCAAGCGACCCCUUGGCGAUUGUCUGCGGGAUGCCGCACGCAAUGGCAAGUUCUUCUUGGGCAAUGAUAACUUAACCAAGCUGUGGAAUUACUCGCCGGACAACUUGCAAGCGUGCAAGAGCGAACAGCGCAACUUCCUGCCCAUGCUUGAGACUUACUUGGAAACGCCACAUGACAAAAACGAUCCCGCCUUUGAGUGGCGAGCAUUGCGUCUGCUGGCCCGCCAGACGCCUCCUUUCUCCAUCCCUUCGCAGCCGUCGUGCAAGAUCUCCGACUAUCUGGAUGUUGUGCGAAAGCGUUUGACACGCGAGAAAGAGCUGGUGAAGCAGACGAGCACCGCAUCGAAUAAUACGACGGAGCACAGCAACGAAUCGGGCACAAACAGUGCGCCCACAGAGCAGGAGCAUGAGGCUUCAGUGGCUCUGCAAGAGAUCGAACAACUCGAUGUGGAAGACACUGAGCCCGUUGUGGAAGAUGUGGACGAAAUGCCAGCACACGAGAAGUCUCUGAUGGUCACACGCGCACACAUUGAUGAGGUGACGCCGGUGAUUGGCGAGCAUUGGAUGAAGGUGGGCAAGAAGAUUGGCUUCAGCAACGAUGAGUUGCUGUUCUUCCAAAUGGAGAAUCCCUCAGCUGGCGUGGCAUGCACCAAAAUGUUAACCAAUUGGAUUGCCGACGACGACGAUGCCACGCUGGACAACUGGGCUUACAUGCUCGAAGGCCUGGAGAUGAACAAGGCCGCCGAUGCCGUCAAGGCGAUCAUUGAGCGCGAGAAAGCGGCUGCAGUGCAGCACACAACAACAACGCCAGCAACAACAACAGUCGGUCAAUUGCAGGAGUCGAGUGCCAGCAACGAUGUGGAGAUACUUUCGGAUUAG